UUGACAGCAGCGGCGGCGGGACGCGGCGGGUGGCGGGGCUUGGUGCCUCCGGUUCCUGGCCCGGCUUGAGAGGCGGCGGCGACGGCCCGGGAUGGCUUUCAUGGAGAAGCCGCCGGCCGGCAAAGUGCUGCUGGACGACACGGUACCGCUGACAGCGGCUGUCGAGGCGAGCCAGAGUCUGCAGUCGCAUACGGAAUAUAUCAUUAGGGUACAAAGAGGAAUUUCCAUGGAAAACAGCUGGCAGAUUGUUAGAAGAUACAGUGACUUCGAUUUACUUAACAACAGCUUGCAGAUUGCAGGCCUGAGUCUGCCUCUUCCUCCUAAGAAACUGAUUGGAAACAUGGACCGUGAAUUCAUAGCUGAGAGACAGAGAGGCUUGCAGAACUACCUUAAUGUUAUCAUGGCAAAUCAUGUCUUGUCCAAUUGUGAGCUGCUUAAGAAGUUCCUAGACCCAAACAAUUAUUCUGCGAAUUAUACUGAGAUCGCGUUGCAACAGGUUUCCAUGUUCUUCCGAUCAGAACCAAAGUGGGAGGUGGUAGAACCACUGAAAGACAUAGGUUGGAGGAUAAGGAAGAAAUAUUUCUUGAUGAAAAUUAAAAAUCAACCAAAGGAACGACUGGUGUUGAGCUGGGCUGAUCUUGGCCCAGACAAGUACUUGUCAGAUAAAGAUUUUCAGUGUGUAAUCAAACUUCUGCCUUCCUGUGUGCACCCUUACAUAUAUCGGGUUACCUUUGCCACAGCUAAUGAAUCCUCAGCAUUGCUGAUUAGAACCUUUAAUGAAAAAGGAACGCUGAAGGAUCUGAUCUACAAGGCAAAACCAAAGGACCCCUUCCUAAAGAAGUACUGCAGCCCUAAGAAAAUCCAGGGCCUUGAACUCCAGCAAAUAAAAACAUAUGGACGGCAGAUAUUAGAGGUACUAAAGUUUCUCCACGACAAAGGAUUUCCUUAUGGCCAUCUUCAUGCAGCUAAUGUGAUGAUGGAUGGCAACACUUGCCGACUGCUAGAUCUUGAAAAUUCCUUAUUGGGUCUUCCUUCCUUCUACCGAUCCUACUUCACACAAUUCAGGAAAAUCAAUACACUAGAAAGUGUAGAUGUCCACUGCUUUGGCCACUUACUGUAUGAAAUGACAUAUGGACGACCUCCAGACUCCGUGCCUAUCGACUACUUUCCUCCUGCACCAUCCAUGGCUGUAGUGGCCGUGUUGGAGUCUACGCUGUCUUGUGAAGCCUGUAAAAAUGGCAUGCCUACUGUCUCCCGGCUUUUACAGAUGCCAUUAUUCAGUGAUGUUUUACUAACAACUUCUGAAAAGCCACAGUUUAAGAUUCCCACAAAAUUAAAAGAGGCAUUGAGAACUGCCAAAGAAUGUAUAGAAAAGAGACUCGUUGAAGAACAGAAGCAGAUUCACCAGCAUCGAAGACUAACUAGAGCUCAGUCACACCAUGGGUCUGAGGAAGAAAGGAAGAGGAGAAAGAUCCUAGCUCGAAAGAAAUCAAAACGAUCUGCUGUUGAAAACAGUGAGGAGCAGCCAGUGAAGCACAACUCCAACAACUCAGCAGGAUCUGGGGCCAGCUCACCUCUCACAUCCCCAUCAUCUCCAACUCCACCCUCCACAGCAGAGUAUGCACCACUUUGAACGUGAAUUUUCGCUGUCUUAGGUUGGGGUAAGGGUAUAAAGGAAGGGCUGUCUUCUGCAUUACCUCCACCUCCUCCACCACCUCCGCCUCCACCAGCAGGUCACUCAACAACCUCAGGCACAGAGAUACCUGUCCCAUUCCUGUCCCAGGCUGUGAAUGGUGUGAACCGUGGGGCCUUGCUCAACUCUAUCCAGAAUUUCCAAAAGGGAACUUUAAGGAAAGCCAAAACCUGUGAUCAUAGUGCUCCUAAGAUUGGCUGAUGUUUCCUGUUUACACUGGGAGGGCAAGCUCCCACUCAACUGUCCCACUCCCACCCAACUUCCUCUUUCUCGGGGAGUCCUUGCACAACUUUCCUCAAGUCCCUUCCUUGGGUGAGUCCUUGCAGAGCCAGUACAGCCAGUCUUGCAAGAGGGAAAUGUUCUCCAAGUAGAAUAAAGUGAGGCCAGCAUUGCUGCCUUAACAUUUUACUCCUCUGUAAUGGGCUUCCUUUAGGGGCAGCAGCAUAUGGAAUCAUUAUUUGCACCAGCUAAAGGAAAAUGACAAAAAAGCAAAAGCAAUGACAAUAAUAUUCUGUCACAGCAGUGACUAGCCUGUUACUAUCACCCCUCCUGCUCUAUCAGAAGUGUCCUCAUAGCUUAUUCCUCUGAAGCAUUUUCUGGUUAUUUCUUAGGUAGUUCACCUCAGAUGCUAACAUUAACCAAGGCUGAGGCAGAGAAGCAGGAGCUCUCUUUAUUCUCAAUUUUGCAGGACAGGGGGAAUCCCUCUGUCUCAAGUUCAGUGGGAAUCUCACUGUGACUGACAGCAGCCACUCUGGAUUUAUAGCUCUUUUCAGUUAGAAUGUACCAAAACAGACAGAAAAACAUUAACCAUAGAAAAAGCUCUUGCUCAAAGGACUGUCUUAGUCCUCAGCAUUUAGGUCCAGGUUGGGGUAGAGGGAGAGUCAGCAUUACAAGUGAAUCUGGCAUCUAUGGCAAUCACUUCUGAUUUGAUUUAUCCAACUUCAGCAUCUUUUUUGAUGUUACUCAGUUAUUAGAAAUCUUUCAUUCUGUGAUUUGCUUAAACCUUUAAAUAAAUUGCACUUUAAAGGAUUAUUAAAAAAAAAUCCAUUUUAAAAUUUAAAUACACACAUCAGUGUUGGUGGUUACUAUGCAGAAAGAAUGUCAUUGUGUAUAGUUUCAUGUAAUCUGUGAUAUACUCAGCUGUAUUUUUAUUAAAAUAAAUCAUGUCAAGAAAAUA